AUGGUAUUCUGCGAACAGUAUUGGCAAGGGUAUAGGGUAAGAGACCUCAGAACACUGAAUGAGUCGUUGGUCGGGAGAAAUUCCUCAGCUCUCCUUUUUACAGAAACGUAUUCUACAGUCGUCGCCAAGAACGUCGUUCUCGUGGCGCUCUGCAUCUCCAUCAACUACAUCAACGGCACCCUGGUCCACACCUUCACCAAACAUCAGCUCUUUAGGGUGGACCCUCGAUACAUCCUCUUCAUCCACCUGGUUCUCAACGAUAUCAUCCAGCUGUCGUUGUCUGGGCUUCUGAUCGCUAUCUGGUACAUCUUCAACACCAUCAACGUUUCUUUCUGCUGCCUCCUGCUGGUCAUCGCCAUCUGCACUACCCUCAACACCCCUCUCAACCUGGCCUGUAUGGCAGUGGAGUGCUAUGUAGCUGUGUGCUUCCCUAUGCGUUACCUACAGAUUUGCACUGUGAAGAGAACCUACAUCCUGAUAGGUUUGAUUUGGGGGGCGAGUGCCAUCUCCAUCCUACCCGACAUCUUCCUGCUCGUGAUAGUGGAGCCUCCAAGCUUCUUUCAUACCAGGGUUUUCUGUAUGCGGGACACAGUCUUCAGGAGCAGCAUCCAGAAGAGGAACACCUCCCACAUCAUCUGUCUAGUUGUGGUCUGGCUAACCUUGUUCUUCACCUAUUUCAAUGUUCUGUUCGCGGCCAAGGCGGCCAACGCAGAUGUGAAGAAGGCGAGGAACACUCUGCUUCUGCAUGGCUUCCAGCUCCUGCUCUGCAUGAUGAUUUACAUAAGGCCCCUAUUUCAGGCGGCCCUGCUGUACCUUUUCCCCCAGCAUAUCUACGACAGUAGGUUCGCCUUAUAUGUCUUAAUUCAGGUCAUGCCACGCUUCCUAAGCCCCAUUAUUUAUGGAGUAAGAGAUAAGAAGUUCCGAAACUAUCUCAGUAGAUAUUUGAUGUGUGAAGUCAAGUCAUCAUAAAAACCAAACCAAACCGUCACAAUCACAAAGCAGGAUUCUAAAUAAUAAAAGAAACAAGCAAAAUAUUACCGUUGUAGUAUUCCAGAUGUUCCAGAUACAUUUUUUCUUGUAUAGCGCAUUUCUUACACCAAGCAGUUCAAUGUGCUUUACAGAGAAAAAGACAACAGUAUCAUUUAAAGUGAAGAAGUACAUGCAAGCAAUAUAAUGAAAGACCUUCAAUGUAAUCACAUAUGCUAUAAAAAAUAAAGGGAGAAAAGAUGUGCUGUAUGAACAUGUCGUGUAUGUAUAUAUAUAUAUUUUUUACAUAGUAUAUAGUUUGGUCCAAUGCCAUUUAGUGCUUUAAAAACAAGAAGUAGAGCUUUAAAUUCAAUUCUAUAAAUAACAGGAAGCCAGUGUAAGGACCUUAGGAUAGGGGUGAUGUGCUCACUCCUCUUAGUCCUAGUUAG